AUGGUUCUUGAGGCUACAAUGAUUGCAAUUGACAAUUCCGAAUACAUGCGGAAUGGGGACUUUCUAACGUCCAGAUACGAGGCUCAGCUAACCACUACCGAGUUCAUUUUCCACAACAAGAUCAAUUCCAAUCCGGAAAACACGGUGGGGCUCUUGGCGUAUGGGGGAGCAGGCCCGCAAGUCUUGAGUACUUUGACGACGGAUUUCGGCAAGAUCUUGUCAGGGGUGCACGAGACGAAAAUCGAAGGCCAGAACAACUUCAGCAAUGGGAUCCAAGUUGCUGCGUUGGCGUUGAAGCAUCGCCAGAAUAAGGUUCAGCAGCAACGAAUCAUAAUAUUUGUUGGUUCUCCCGUGACUGAGCUGGAAAAGGAUUUGGAAAAAUUGGCCAAGAAGAUGAAGAAAAACAAUGUUGCUGUGGACAUUAUCAAUUUCGGAGAAGAGCUCUUGAACACGAGCAAAUUGGAGAAGUUCCACUCGGUCAUCAACAACCACGACAACUCCCAUCUCGUCACCGUGUCCCCUGGUCCUCGCUUGCUAUAUGAAAUAAUCGCCUCGUCGCCGAUCUUGGUCGAGGAUGGCGCUGCUUUCGGAGGCGCCGGUGGAGACAUGGACUUUUUCGGCGGGCCCGGCAUUGCUGGCGCUGGCGACAUUAUUGAUCCAAACAUGGACCCAGACUUGGCAUUAGCUCUUAGGUUGUCCUUGGAAGAAGAAAAGGCUAGACAAGAACGAGAAGCGGCCGAGAAGGCUCAAUCUCUGGGCUUGGAAAAAGUCGACGAGGGUGGUGAAAAUGACCUGAGCGAACCCAAGCCAGAGGGCAAGCCCGAAGAAGGAGACAAAGACAAGGAUAAGGACGUGAAAAUGGAGGAUGCCAAGUGA